AUGCAAGGCGACAAUGUUGUUUUAAGCUUGCUGAUUCCAGGAAAGAAACAACCAGGUAGAGACAUCGAUAUAUAUUUGCGACCACUGAUUGAUGAUCUGAUUAAGUUGUGGAAUGACGGGGUCGAGGUUUAUGAUUCGUAUAGUAAGACAAUGUUCAACUUGAAGGCAUUAUUGAUGUGGACGAUAAACGAUUUUCCUGCUUAUGGUAGCCUAUCUGGAUGUACGUAUAAAGGGAAGGCACCCUGCCCUAUUUGUGGUGAUAAUACUCUUUCAAACUAUUUGCCGGUUAGUCGUAAAACUGUUUACAUGAAUCAUAGGAGAUUUCUACCUGAUAAUCAUUCUCUUCGAUCGAGUAAGAAGAAAGCAUGUUUCAAUGGAGAGAUUGAGAGGAAGGAAAAUCCACCUACUAUGUCAGGUGUAGAGGCUUUUCAACGUCAGAGCAGUAUUGUGAAUGACUUUGGAAAAGCGAAGCAGAACGAGGCGGAGAAAAGGAAAGAUAAAGGGUUAAAGAAGAAUAAUAAGAAUAAAAAGGUUUCUACUGAUGCUGGUACGAGUGCUGCUGCUGGUUCUGGUGCACAGGAUCAUGACCAUCCGAUAUUCAACAAACGGUCGAUAUUUUUCGACUUGCCUUAUUGGAAGGUUUUGUUACUACGUCAUAAUAUUGAUGUUAUCCAUACGGAAAAAAACGUCUGUGAGAGUCUCAUUAGUACUAUAUUGAAUAUAAAGAACAAAACAAAAGAUGGCUUAAACUCCCAUAUUGAUCUGAAAAGUAUGGGAAUCAGAGAAGACUUGCAUCCAAAAAUCAUAGAUGGCAAAACAUGGCCUGAACCAGGACCAUAUAACUUAAGCGACAAGGGAAAGGGUAGAUUUUAUAAUAGGAUGAGAAAUUUGAAAGUUCCAUAUGGGUAUAGUUCUGAUCUUAGGAGGCAUUUCUGGAAGGAUGGUUGCUUGGGUGUCCUUAAGGCUCAUGAUUACCAUGUUCUUAUGCAACAAAUAUUACCUGUAGCUUUGAAGGGACUUUUACCUGAUGGGCCAAGUACUGCGAUUAACCGGUUAUGUUCCUAUUUUAACGAAAUAUGCCAAAGGGUUGUUGAUCUGACUAGAUUAUUAGAACUUGAAGAAGAAAUUGCUGUGACUUUGUGUAUGUUGGAGAUGUACUUCCCUCCAUCAUUUUUUGAUGUGAUGAUACACUUGAAAAUUCACCUAGCUCGAGAAGUGCGUUUAUGUGGACCCGUACAAUAUCGUUGGAUGUAUCCAUUUGAAAGGUAUAUGAAGAUAUUCAAAGAAUACGUAAAAAAUUAUGCACAACCUGAAGCAUGUAUAACAGAGUGUUACUUGGGAAUGGAGUACGUCAGGUAUUUAGAUGUUCAUACGGACAAAGCAGAUGAAGGAGAAGUAAAUCAAAGCCGUAAUGAAAACAUUCAACAUCAUUCCACACCGGCAGGGCGUCCUAUUUCUAAAGGUGUUCAAGUGUAUAUUGGUAGUGAUAUGCUGAAGAUCGCUCAUAGAUAUGUGCUUUUUAACACAACAACAAUUAACCCAUAUAGAACAAUGCACAUGGACGAGUUAAGAUCCUCCCAUACUGACAGUGAAGACCAACUCCUUUCCAUACACUCAGACACAUUUGCAGAUUGGAUACGGAAAAAGGUUCAAAUUCAAAUUAGUCGAGGCAUAUCUGUAUCAAGUACAGUACAGUGGUUGGCAUCUGGUCCUUUAGAAAAAUGUGUCUCAUAUAAAGGCUUGCAAAUAAAUGGGUCAAGGUUUAUCACGAAGGAUAUUCGAAGAGUUACACAAAACAAUGGUGUUUCAAUUGAGUCAAAAUCUUUAGUUGAAGCAUCACAAAUCAGUAGUGGUUUUUAUGGUGUUUUAGAACAAAUUCUUGUGUUGGACUACCAGCAUAUGUUUCAAAUUCCCAUAUUCAAAUGUGACUGGGCUCACACCUAUUUUGGUGUCAAGCAAGAAAAAGGCUUUAGAUUAGUCAACUUAUGUCAGUAUAAGAACCAAUAUCAGAAUGAUCCAUUCAUUUUAGCGUCACAAACCCGACAAGUUUUCUAUUCUCGAGAGUCAAAUUCGUCUAAUUGGUUUGUGAUGUUGAAACCACCACCUAGGGGUUUCCAUGAAUUAGAGAAAUACAAUGAACAUGAAGACACAAUAUGCCUACCAGUGGAUCCUUCAACUCUUGACUUACAAAUGGAUGACGAGCCCGAGACUUAUGCAAGAGAUGAUGCUGAACCUAUCUUAGUGGUUCCCGAAAAGAAGAAGAACAAGAAGAAUAAGAAAACGAAAAAGAAGUGCCGCUGA